AUAUUGUCACAGUGUACAGGCAGACGUGCUCCAGUCAGUGUGUUUUACUUUGACCGUCCAAAUUAUGCAAAUGACGUCGGACGUGCAGGCAGCUGAGGACAGAGCAGUGCACUCCAAAAUGGCGAACCGCGACAAGGAUCUGGAAGGGGAGAUUUACGACAAAGUCGUAGACCUGACAGAAUAUGCCAAACGUCAGCGAUGGUGGAAUCGUCUUUUCGGGACAAACUCGGGCCCCGUAGCAGAGAAAUACUCCGUGGCCACGCAGAUAGCCAUAGGAGGAGUGAGUGGAUGGUGUGUAGGAUAUCUCUUCCAGAAGGUUGGAAAGGUUGCUGCUACAUCUGUAGGGGGAGGUCUUCUGCUGUUGCAGAUAGCUAACAAUUCUGGCUAUAUCCAAGUGGACUGGAAGAGAGUAGAGAAGGAUGUCAACAAAGCUAAGAAACAGUUAAAGAAGGGUACCAAUCAGGCAGGCCCAGAGCUGAACACAUUUGUUGAGAAGUCCACAGAGUUUGUGAAGAAAAACAUUGUUGUCACGAGUGGUUUCAUUGGAGGAUUCCUGCUCGGCCUGGCAUCUUAGGGUCUUGCCAGAUGUGACAAGUGUGUGUUUCUUUGAUGACAUGAAAACUGUAGGGAAAAAUGACAAAUUAUUGCCGGAUGGUUUUUAAGUGUUUAAUGGCAGGAAGCAACCAAUUUGAGAUUAGUUAGUAGCUGUGUGUUUCUACACAAGCUGCACGUCCUUUUUGCUACUUAAAUACUGUGUACCACCAUGUGACAAGCACUGUCCAUCUGAUGUGGGACUUCUUGGUUUGACCAGAAUGACCCACUUAAAAUACUCCAGUUUCCAAGCCAAAUAAUAAUUAUACAUAUCAUGCAAAAUUAAUCAAAGUGUUUCAGAAUAUUUAAAUUUUUGUAUUUAUUUAUUUCCACCAAACUGGCAUUGUACCACAAUGGAAGAAUAUGCACUGUUAUUGCUGCCAUGUUGCACACAAUGAAGCCAAGUGCAAGUAGAUUUAAAUUAACCUUCACAUGGCAGGUGAAGCCCAUAGGACUCCGUCAGUGCCACUGUUGUAUUUUUCAUUUCCAGAUAUCAUAAUCAGAGAGAUAUUUGAUUGUUAUGCCUUUUGUAGAGGUGCUACAUGUUUGAUGGAUCAUGUCAGCCUCAUCUCUUUUUUUUUUUUUUUUUUUUUUUUUUUUUUUUU